UCAUCAAUUCUUAAGGCCCCCCACAGACGGGAGACAAAACUGUUUUGUCUCCGUCGUAUUUGUAUGAAAAGUUGCGUCGCCUCGUGUGCGCACCUUCAUACUAGCCCAUAGACCGAGCGACGGAGACAAAACAGUUUUGUCGCCCGUGUGCGCGGAGCCUUAGAUAGCAAGAAUUCAUGUAUGAGAAUUUUGUAGUAAUAUUUGAGUGGUUAAAAACUCCAAAAACGUCCAUGCCGUUUUUUUAGAAAGUGUUGCUAGAAUAUUGCUAUUUAUUCUACCAAAUUAAAGAUGUAAGAUGAAUAAAAAAAAGAAUAAAGUUGUUGUGAUUAAAGUAUCGUAUUCUAUUGCAGUAAAUAUAAAUAACAACCAUACGCUUAAAUAAAAUAGUUAGUGUAGAUACAUUUUACUGCAGGUAAACUAAACAAUAGUGUUGCGUCAAAUGUAACGUAAGCAAUGUAUUGAUUUUUGUAUUUUCGCGGAAAAUGUUUGGCCUAAUCGAUUGUAUUAAAAAUAAACAUAAGAUAGUAGUUGAAUUAAAUUAGGAAAUGAUUAGCUCCAAUUAAACGCAAUAUAAUACUAACAAGUGAUCCUUUUUAGUCCAAAGUGUAUUGUAUUUAUAAAUAAACAAAAUGUCUUAUAUUUUUAAGUUGAUAUUUACAAUAGCUCUUAUAGAGCAAUGUUUUGUUUUUCAUAUUUAUGCUCUACAACAAAAUAAGACCUUCCACCACGUACGUCGAUCUAGUGUGGAGGAUAGUUUUUUCAAGAACCAGAAGCCUCCUUCUUACCGAUCGUUCCAGCCAGUCUCAAUCAAAUAUCGAAAAUCAUAUCCAAGGGAAGACCGCACGGACUACGACAUUACCUCUUACGACUCCGAGUAUGGCGGAGUUGUAUCUAACUUUACGUCUUCCAUUUACGACGACAAUCCUCCGUUAUAUCCAAACCCAGAAAUCUUAUCCAGAAGCAAUCAAGGUAAAUCUGUAGAAACCCGAGCGAUGGACACUGAAGUGGACUUGCCAGAUGACUCACUGGCCGAUGCUGAUCUCAAGGAGCACAACAUUAUAGACAGUGUUACAUACUUAUACGGUUUCAACAACUGCCAUGGUGUGAGAAACGAAUGGAAAAUACUGAUAUUCAUCACUAGUGGCAUCGCGGUCCUCAUGCUAGCUGCCACUGUAAUGUGGCUACUGUGGAGCGAAUAUGCAGCUGAAUUUAGAAAGAGUAGCAAGCUGUACCCUAUCAACAUCAACCUGUGCUGCUGUUUAGCGGCCUGUACGCUGAUAUAUAUACAGGCAGUUAUGGGAGUUUCAUCCCCAUCACAAUGCGAGCGCAUCGCGCUUCUACUCCACUACACGCACGUGUCUUGCGCGAUGUGGAUCGUGGCGCUCGCCGCGGCGGUGGCCGAGUACUGUGUCUGCGACACCUUGCUGCCACUGAAGUACAACUACUUGCUGGCCUAUGGAGUCCCGGCGAUUGUGGUCAUGUUUAACUAUGCUCUAUCGAUGGAACACUACGAAAUAAAGCACUAUUGCUGGAUGUCGAUAGAAAAAGGUAUGGUCAUGGGAUUCAUGGUUCCCGCUAUGAUUCUAAUCCUGAUCAACACUGGCAUAAUUAUAAUCGGUCUGCAAAGCGUCAACAGGAAGCAAGCUGAGAUGCUAACAGCUAAGAUCCAGGAACUAGUAGACCAUCAUCUAGCGAACUGGCCUAAGAACGAGCAAAGGAACAGCACUGGAAGUGUUGAUACUUUGGAUAACAUAUACAGCCCUAGUAGUAGCAGGAAAAAUACGGAUACUUCAGAAAAGGACUAUAAUAUGAGUGAAGAUGAUUGUCAGUAUAAUGUGAAUCUGGGGAAUUCUAACGGAGAGUUAGAUUUAGACGGUGAGAAUCAGCCUCCAUACAUAAAAGACCUACAAGACCGAGGUCUCCUAAACAUACUAUACAGCAUGGACAACCUGUCUUUAAAAUGGAGUUGGAAUACGGAAGGGAACGAGCUGAAGUCUUACCUGAACCUGUGCUUGGUGUUGGAGCCGUUCUUCGCUAUCAACUGGGUUAUGGGUGUUGUGGCGAUUGAGAACGCUGGACAUUGGUCUACGCCGACUAUUUAUUUGAUACUUGUUGUGGCGAUGUACGUGUAUCUCUCGGCUACUUUGUGCACGACUCUACCCAUCGUUCGCAACAAAACGACAAGCCCUUGCUGCGAGGAAGUCGUCACUGAACCAACAUUGACUAGAACCAGGACAACUGACAGCAUUCCCUUAUUGGACCCAGUGAUACAGCAGCCCGUGGUGACGCCGGCACCUGCCGACACCAUUAGCACCAUCAGCAUAUAAAGUAACCUUCGAUUACGUACUUGGGUCAAAAUUGGCGACUGGAAAGUCGGUUCUGGCGAUUGAAAUUUUAAAAUCGCUUUCGGAUGAAAUUCGACGAUUUGAAGAGGAAUUGCAAACAUGUUUAACAUCUAGUUAGACAAAUUAUUGAAAAGGAUUUGAAAUCGCCUGAAGGCGAAAUCUUCGCCGCGAAGGCAGAAAACAAGUUUGGUCUUUUAGAUUUUAAGAAAACUGCUAUUCUUAGAUUAAGUAACAUAACACAUAUACACAGUACCAAAGUUUUCAGAACUCGAUGGCCGUAAUCUUAAAAUAAGGAAUUUUAAAUCAGCUUUACAGAAUUUUAUAGUAUUUUGGUGUAACCAAAUUAAAAUUUUAUGUGCAUAUUUGUGUAAUGGGUUGUGUCUUAUAUGUACCUAUGAUUGUUUUUAAAAGCAUGAAUGUUUUAUGAAUUGUACCUGCAUAAAUAAAUUUUAAACUACCCACUAAUUAGGAAAAAUAACGAAAUGGAAAUAUGUAGUUAUUUGUUUUCAAGUUAAAAUUUGUAUGAAAAUACUUUGCACUCUUGUUGAAAAUGCAACUUUAACUUUUUACAAUCAACGUCUUUACAUCCAUAUACAUCUCUAAAACUAGGUAUAUGUUCGGAGUUGCAUAUUUUGUUACACUUCCACCAGUGCCCUAUUUCACAAGAGUUACAAUUGUCGUCCGACAAUGAAAUAUUAACGCUGUGUAACAAUGUCAGUUAUCAACAUAGAAAUACUUAUCAGCAUACAUCGGGGUUUUGGGAGCGGGAAUGAAUGAAUUCGUGUAUUUGUAACUCUGUUUAUAGUAAUUUGAAUUACUGAAAUAUAUAUUUAACUAUGUAACUGGCUCCAAAUGUACC